AGAUCUCGAACUAAUUCAGUCAUUGCCUAAUGAGUUUGUGAUUGACAGUAAUGUUUUUGAUAGUGAUAGCAUAUUUAUUGAAACAAUAAAACAGUCACAGUCAACAGCAACUGAAAAGAUGAUGUCAGAAUCUGGGUUAGCCACCACAGAAAUAGCAAUUAUUGUAGAUUCUGAGAAAUCAACUCAGUUAUCUAAUACUCCUGAUGUGGAAGAAAAUCCAAUUUUAUCAACACCACUAGCAGCAACAAAAGUAGAGAAACACACAAUAAAAAGGGAAUUAUAUAAGCCUAAACACAAACCUAAACAAAAUAACAAGAUUGCUGAUAAUUAUGAGGAACAAUUAUUUCUACUCACAAAGAAGUGUAAAGAAAAUAAAGAAAAACGGGAGGAUGAAUUGCAUAAGAAAAGAAUGGCAAUUUUGGAUCUAGAACAGAAAUAUUGGGAA